GUCGCAGAACAUUAUGAGCAGGUGAUAGCCACGGACGUUAGCGAGGCCCAGAUCAAACGUGCCAUCCCGCAUCCAAAGGUUCAGUACAUUCACACACCUCUCUCCACCUUGGAGCAAGAUUUGGUAUCCAUGCUUGGAGGUGAAGGCUCGGUAGACCUGGUGACCGUGGCCACGGCCGUGCACUGGUUCGACCUCCCGAGCUUCUAUUCUAUCGUCAACCGUGUCUUAAGGAAGCCUGGAGGAGUGGUUGCUGUUUGGAGUUACAGCUACGACAUCAGUCCUUUGGAGGACGUGAUGAAACGCUUCUACGUCUCCUGCCUUCCUUACAUGGAUGACAGAGCUCGCUACGUCUUCGAAGGGUACCGGACCCUUCCGUUCCCAUUUGAAAGCGUCGGACUGGGGACCGAAGGCAAUCCUACGAGUGUGGACAUGGAUCUGGAGAUAUCAUUUGAUGGUUUCAUGGAACUGCUGAGGACGGGGUCUGCAGUAAACACCGCAAAGGAGCGUGGAGUGGAUUUGCUGUCUGAAGAGGUGGUGAAGGAGCUCAGAACUGCUUGGGGUGGAUCUGAUAUUAGGAAGGUAACUUUCAAGGCUUUCAUGCUUGCCGGCACGCCAAGAUUGGAAGGCUAGCGCUGGGAGACUUUGUUGGAAUGUAAUAUUUACCGAUUCCGUGUGAGAAUAAACUGUUGGGUUGCAGAAAUGCAGUGGGCUAAAGAAGGAGGAAAUGCUUGAAAAUAAGCUAAAUAUGUAAUGCUACAGUAUUUGCUAGAGAAGUUUGUAUGUUGGAAAUAUUUUUAAUAUAGAAUUCUAUUCUUUUUUUUCAUA